UAUCAUUGUUGUGUGCUUUGUAAUUUAAAAAUAAAAAAUAAGAAAAGCAUUUAUUUUGACAGCGGGAACGCAAUGUAUGUAAAGCAAAACUAAUUUUUUUUUAAUUUUUUUUUUUGUUGAAGAAAUAAGAUUUUUACCGACAAGUUAAUAUUUCAAUACGCAAUGCGUGCCGUUAACUUCUUGAGGUUACGCAAAUGUUGCAGCAGAAUAUUUCAGACUAAUGACAUUCACAGAUUUUAUUCUGAAGAACCAAAAAAUAAGUAUAGAAAUAUAUUGAAGUUGCAUGAGAGAGGAAUGUAUCAAGAUUUAUUUCCAGAUGACAGUGCAAACAACGUUUCAAUAAUCUUGAAUAGGUCACCACAAUGCGUUUAUGCAGGCUUUGAUCCAACAGCUGAUAGUUUACAUGUUGGCAAUUUGUUAGUAUUAAUGAAUCUUUUGCAUUGGCAAAGAGGUGGUCAUCAAGUCAUAGCCUUAGUUGGUGGUGCUACUGGUCUUAUUGGAGAUCCUAGUCAUCGCACAAGUGAACGAAUAGCUAUGGAUGAUAUAGUACUAAAAAGAAAUAUAGAAAGUAUUAAACAAAAUAUAAUAACUAUAUUUGAUAAUCAUGCAAAGUACUUCUGGCAAAAUAAUCCAUACCCUCUUAAACCAAUCAUGAUUGUAAAUAAUAUUGAUUGGUAUAAAGAUGUGAAGGUUCUUGAUUUCAUAAAAAAUAUAGGAAUACAUUUUAGAAUGGGAACAAUGUUAAUAAAAACUUCUGUUCAGUCACGUUUAGAGUCCAAGACUGGAAUGAGUUUUGCUGAGUUUACAUAUCAAAUCUUGCAAGCUUAUGACUGGUUGUGUUUAUUAAAAAAUUAUGGUUGUUGCUUUCAAAUUGGUGGAAGUGAUCAAUUAGGUAACAUUGCAGCAGGACAUGAAUUGAUCAGUCGAACUGAAAAAAACCGUGUUUUUGGUUUUACAUUACCUUUAAUAACAGCAGAAGGAGGAAAGAAAUUUGGAAAAUCUCUUAAUAAUGCUGUCUGGCUAUCACACCACAAGUCAUCUAGUUUUGAAAUGUACCAAUACUUUAUCAGGACAGCUGAUGCUGAUGUUGAAAACUAUUUGAAACUUUUUACUUUUUUACCUCUUAAACAAAUUACUUAUAUUAUGAAAGAACAUGAAAAAGAACCUGAUUUAAGAAAAGCUCAACAGAUAUUAGCAGAGCAUGUUACAUUAUUAGUGCAUGGAGAGGAAGGAUUAUUAGCUGCUCAAAAUGCAACAUUAUUAUUGUAUGAUAAAUCAAUUGAAUCAUUAUCAACAAUGACACAAGAUCAGAUUGCUUUAGCAUUUGAGGGUGCUCACAUUGUAGAUUUGGUCCCAAAUGGAGAAAUGACAGUCUUUGAUCUAGCGAUGAAAGCAAAUUGUUUCAAGACUGAAAGAGAUGCUGUCAGAAUAAUCAAAGCUGGUGGUUUAUACAUAAAUUAUGAAAGAGUUACUGAUUUAGAAACUGUCAUAAAACAACGUGUUCAUAUAUUACCAAACAAUGUAACACUUAUAAGAACUGGUAAAAGAAAUUAUCAUUUAGUACGUUGGAUGACAUUACGCAGAGUAGAAGAAUUAAAAUAAAUUGAAAAAAGUGAUUUCUGAUUUAUAUGUUUUGUUAGAAAAAUAAUAACUCACAAAUCGUGAAACCAUGUACUUAUAAUACUUUAUGAAAAUAGGCACUAUUACAA